UCAAACCGAUCGGUCGAAAAUCGUUAGGAAACGGAUUACAUUUCGAGCUGCAAGUGGAUAAGGAUUAACUAGCCAUGCUGACCUGGACCCUAUGGUGUGGAUUACUGUUCCUGCUGUGGCUCUAUUUUCUGUGGAGCCGACGCAGGUUUUACCUGCUCACUCUCAAGAUCCCGGGUCCACUUGGAUAUCCCAUUCUAGGCAUGGCCCACUGGCUAAUGAGGAGGGAAGAUAUCCUCAAUGCGUUCGGGUGCUUCCUGGACAAGCACGGCCCGACAAUAUUCUCGUGGCUCGGGCCCAUUCCCUUUAUGAUUGUCAGUGAUCCCCAAGUAGUGCAGGACAUCUUCACAUCGCCCCACUGCGUCAACAAGGGCAUUAUAUACAAGGCGGUGGACGAUGGGGCGGGCACUGGACUAUUCAGCAUGAACGACCCCCGUUGGAGCAUCCACCGAAGGCUGUUGAACCCCGCCUUUGGCCACAAAGUUUUACUUAGCUUCCUGCCCAUUUUCAACCGAGAGACGGCCCUUCUACUGGAUCAACUGAAACCAUUGCAGGAUGAUGGGGAGAAGGACCUUAUUCCACUGCUACAGAGCUUCACCCUGGGCAUAGCCACCCAAACUACCAUGGGCAGUGACGUCAAAAGCGAGGAGAACUUGAUGAGCAACACCCUGCUGGACCGAUAUCAAUGUAUUUUGGAAACCAUGACAGAUAUGUGCUUCUCGCCGUGGCUAAACAGCCAAUUUAUUCGCCAGCUGGUGGGAAAGGAGUCACACUACUAUCAGGCCAAGACGGAAAUUCGCCAGUUCAUCAAGAAGCUUAUUGAAAAAAAGUUGUCCGAAGACCAAAAAGAAACGUUACCUGCUAUCAAAUCUAUUGACAAGAAUAUAUUUCUUAACCUGGCCACGGAUUUGCUGAGACGGGGAGUGUUCAGUUGGAAAAAUGUCGAGGAUGAGUCGAAUAUUAUUGUUUUUGGCGCUUUUGAGACCACUGCAAAUGCAGUGUAUUAUACGCUGAUGUUGCUGGCCAUGUUUCCCGAUUAUCAGGAGAGGGCCUUUGAGGAGAUAGAAACCCUGUUCCCAAACACCGGAAACUUCGAUGUGACGUAUGCUGACACUCAGCAGAUGGUGUAUCUGGAUCUGAUUCUCAACGAGUCAAUGAGAGUUAUACCCCCUGUUCCAGUUGUCUCCCGACAAACGUCGCAGGACCUUAAACUAUCCAAUGGGAUAGUGAUCCCCCAGGGAGUUCAGAUCGCUAUCGACAUUUACCACAUGCACCGGAGCAAAAAAAUCUGGGGCCCAGAAGCAGAAACCUUCAAUCCAGAUAAUUUCCUACCCCACAAUAUUCGGGACAAGCACCCGUACGCCUAUAUACCCUUCACAAAGGGAAUUAGAAAUUGCAUAGGUUGGAGAUAUGCAUUGAUAUCGGCUAAAGUUACACUGGCCAAAUUAUUGAGAAAUUAUAGGUUUAAGACAAGUUUUCCGUUUGAAGAUCUUUAUUUUGUUGAAGAUAUAACCAUGAAGCUUAAAUCCGUGCCACUGUUGGAGCUCCAGAAGCGAACUUAAAAAUUAAAUAAGCUAAGUGAUACAAAAAGAAAGUUGAAUAAUAAAACUGGUAAGAGCAAUAUAUUCUGUAAAUUCGGUAAUUUUUUUAGCGAAAAGGGAUUCUCAUGUGCCAAUUAAAAAUUGUAAAAUCUAGUAAAGCGCUACAAAAUUCAUUUAGAAAUAGAGUCCGUCACAGAGGGUGUGUCAAAAUAAACAUAGGUCUUUGUUGGGUUGUAAUGUUUCGGGAAAAUUUUAUAAGAAUGAAAUUCAGUUUUUGAGAAAAUCGCAUUACAG